GUCGUAUUAUAAGAAGAAGCAGUUCGCCCGGGGUGUCUCACUAUUUUUACGAAUAAAAAAACCUCCCGUAGGGGCCUCCUGAUAACACAUCACUCUUAGCCUUGACUCUGGUUUUCCUGGCCGGAGAAGUGAGAUGGCGACGGCGGUAACGGCGGUAGCGGCGGAGCAACCCAAGGUGGGUGGGUGCUGCAAGUCUGGGCCCGGCUAUGCUAGCCCCAAGGAAGCCAUGAAAGGUCCUCGGGAGUCCCUCAUUUAUGUCACGUGCGUCUAUUCAGGAACAGGAAUAGAGAAACCUGAUUACCUGGCUACUGUUGAUGUUGAUCCUAAUUCACCAACAUUUUCUAAGAUAAUCCACAGGCUACCAAUGCCUCACUUAGGCGAUGAACUGCACCAUUCGGGAUGGAAUUCCUGCAGUUCUUGCCAUGGCGAUUCAUCUGCUACUCGAAGAUAUCUCGUCCUGCCUUCACUAAUAUCGGGGCGGAUAUAUGCAGUUGACACAAUAAAGGAUCCGAAAGCUCCUAGUCUGUAUAAAGUUGUUGAACCGGAUGAUAUUGUAGAGAAGACUGGAUUGGCGUUUCCACACACGGCUCAUUGCCUUGCUUCGGGCGACAUAAUGCUGUCGUGCCUUGGUGAUAAAGAUGGGAAUGCCGAGGGGAAUGGGUUUCUUCUUCUUGAUUCUGAUUUCAAUGUGAAGGGGCGGUGGGAAAAGCCGGGGCACAGUCCACUGUACGGGUACGAUUUUUGGUACCAACCUCGACACAAGACGAUGAUCAGCUCUUCUUGGGGAGCUCCCAGCGCCUUCACGAAAGGCUUCAAUCUUCAGCAUGUUUCUGAUGGGCUGUACGGUCGCCAUUUGCACGUCUAUAGCUGGCCCGAUGGCGAGUUGAAACAGACGCUGGAUCUUGGAAAUACCGGGCUUCUACCCUUGGAGAUAAGAUUCCUGCAUGAUCCAUCUGAAGCGACCGGGUUCGUGGGGUGUGCAUUGACCAGCAACAUGGUUCGUUUCUUCAAGAAUCCAGAUGACUCGUGGAGCCAUGAGCUAGCAGUGUCAGUGAAAGCACUGAAAGUCCAGAAUUGGAUUCUCCCUGAAAUGCCUGGGCUCAUUACUGAUUUCCUGAUCUCGUUGGAUGAUCGCUUCCUCUACUUUGCGAAUUGGCUGCACGGCGAUAUUAGACAGUAUAACAUCGAGGAUCGAGCAAACCCGAAGCUGGCGGGGCAAGUAUGGGUUGGUGGAUUGAUCCGAAAAGGAAGCUCUGUAGUUGCAGAGGCAGAAGAUGGCACAACAUACCAGGUGGAUGUCCCAGAUAUCCAGGGAAAGAAGCUGAGAGGAGGACCGCAGAUGAUACAGCUGAGCCUAGACGGGAAGAGGCUAUACGCGACAAACUCGCUGUACAGCACCUGGGACAAGCAGUUCUAUCCAGAUCUGGUGGAGAAAGGCUCCCACAUUAUACAGAUAGAUGUGGACACACACAAAGGCGGGCUCUCCAUUAACCCUAACUUCUUCGUCGACUUUGGAGAUGAGCCGGAUGGUCCAGCCUUGGCUCAUGAGAUGAGGUAUCCUGGUGGUGACUGCACUUCUGAUAUCUGGAUUUAAUCAAUAAAGCCUUGUAGCCACUAUCCAUGGGAUAUUAGCAUUUCAUGCAUGUUAAAUAACCCAGCUGGGAUAUGCAUGUUUAAUUUCAUCAAACACAUGUACUCAGUCCCUGUCUCAUGAUUUCUCUAAUAAUUUCAAAUAAAUGAUUACGUCUCCCUUUA